CUGCGAGGCCAGACGAGUCAGGCGGACAAACAGCACCUCCAACCGCAACCGCAACCGCAACCGCAACCGCAACCGCAACCCCAGCCACAACAACAGCAACAACACCAAGUGCAAUUGGGUCAAAUGGAUGAGCAGUUUGUACCGGCCACCGGCUACCUCCACUUCUACCCGCAUUCGGUCGGCGCUCUCGCCUCUGCCUCGUAUUCCGGCGACGCCGGCCUCCUCCCCUCUGGCCAGCCGCACUCGUCCGAGGCCAACGUCUACGCGACCGCCUGUCACGCCCUCCUCGACCACGACGCCCACGCACACGCACACGCCAACGUCAACGUCAACUCCCACGGGCACAGCCGCGCCCUUCGGCCGAUCGUACAACCACAGCCUCAACCGCCUCUGCCAUUAUCGUUGACAUUGCCCUUGUCGUUGCCGUUGCCGUUGCCCUUGUCGUUGCCGUUGCCGUUGCCGUUGCCUUCCGCUUUCGCCGUUCGUCCCGACGUCGACGCCUACCCGACCGAUCCGCUGCUUCUGCAACUGCCCACCGCCGAGCCAGCCGCCCCACCCGACACACCCACCACCUCCGCCACAUGCGCCAUCUCGAGCACCGCCUCAAUCGCACUGGACGAUGCACCAGCUUCGCCCACCCCAACCGCCUACCUCGACUGUCUGCCAAUGUCGACGCUGCCACGGCAACUGGCCGCCUGGAGCCCUCAGAGCCUGGCCCUCCUCCAGGCGUCGGUCGAUCAAGCAGAAGCCACCGUCUUUCCUGCCGGCCCCCACUCGGACUACACACAACUCGCCAGUUCCCCCACCCCUUCGGCCGGUCGACUCGCCCCCCUCGCCCCCCUCGCCCCUCUCAGCUUCGGCUCGUCCGGCCCGACGCCGAGGAGCCUCAACUCGCCGACAGAACAUGUCGACUUGGACGGCGCCAUGCUCGCCUAUCACGCCUCCCUCGCCGUCAACUACACCGGCCACCCCUCCACCCGACUUGUACCCUCCUCCUCCUCUUCCUCUUCCUCUUCCUCUUCCUCUUCCUCUUCCUCUUCCUCCUCGUCCGCAUUCUCCGCCUCCUCAUCCGCUCCCGCAUCUGCCGCCUCCUCGGCUUCCUCGGCGCCGGCGGCGACGGUACACUCCGUCUACGCCUACCGGCCGGCAGACGAGCUCGUCGACGUCGACGUCGUCCUCACGCGACCCGACGGACUGUCCGUCGGUCGACACAGUCCGAGCUGCUCAAUCCGAUUGGCCAGUCCGAUGGCCGAAGCCUGCGGCUACUUGACUCCGGCGACGGGAGUAGACCUUCCGGUACAGCCUCGACCUGCCAGUCUUGAAGCGGCUCGGGACAAAUCGGCCAACCACCUCGAGACACACUCUCACGCCCACGCCCACGCCCACGCCCACAACCACACCCACGGCCACAGCCACAGCCACACUCGUGUCCACGCCCACGCACACACACACACGCACACACGCAGACCGUCCGGAGCCGAUGAGUCAGAGUCGGAGGCGGCGAGUCACCUGAUGCCGGUGGCUACCGACGCCCGGCAGGGACUCGACAAUUGGCCGAGCCUCGGCGACUUUGAGGCCAAGUCGGAGAGUCUUCUCGCUUUCCGAUUGGCCAACGACCUUGUCGACGCCAAUCCCAACGUCAACGCUAACGGCAACGGCAACGGCAACGGCAACAGUAGUGGCCUCUCGACCGUCUCGAGCAGCACACUCGACUUUACACCGCCUUUCGCCUCGUCCGCCUCGUCCGUCCAGUCGGCCGGUAGCUCCGGCUUCGCCUACGACCUGUCGGCUCCCGGCGGUCCCGGCUCUGGCUCCAGUUCUGGCUCCAGCGUUGGCGUCGGCGUCGGCGUCGGCGUCGGCGUCGGCGCAAUGGGCAUCAGUUUGAACGGCUACUCGGUGACCGUGCCAAUCAGCUCGUCGUCAGCAUUCAUGCCGGCCACAGGCGUCGUGAUCAACGGCAACGGUGGCAGCAAUGCCAGCGUCAACAACAACACCAACGCCAACGCCAACGACAAUAGCAACGGCAACGGCGAGGCGGCCGGCCUGUUCUCGCCCAUCUCGUUGGGCUUGACCAAUCCGAUCACGUUUGUCCGGCCCGAGACGAACCAAUCUCUGCUGCCCUUCCUCACUCGCCACGCCGACGAUAGUCCGAGUCCCACGUCCGUCGAGACAACUGCGACGGCUCGACUCCUCCAGCGCUGUCAGAACGGCGAGGCGGAUUUCUGCCUCGUUUCGCCGAUCGGUCUGUGCACCGGCGAUCUGGCGCCGCCGCCGCCGCCGCUGCCGCCGCCGCCGCCAUCGCAACUAACGGGGUCCGGAGUGAACGGCGAGGCAUUUCCGCUCGUCGACGUCAACGAUUGUGUCGGCGUCGGCGAGACCGGCGGUCCAAUGUGUCAGCUGACGCGAGAGGGCCGAGUCGAGGCGGGUGAACACUUUCCGUCGUCGGACGACUUGGAGAUAUUCGCGAAGAUGUUCAAGCAGCGCCGCAUCAAAUUGGGCUACACUCAGGCCGACGUCGGUCUGGCCUUGGGCACGCUGUACGGCAACGUGUUCAGCCAGACGACGAUUUGUCGGUUCGAGGCGCUGCAGUUGUCGUUCAAAAACAUGUGCAAACUGAAGCCGCUGCUGUUGAAAUGGCUGCACGAGGCGGAUUGUUCGACGGGCGCGGCCAGCAACUUGGACAAGAUAGCGGCUCAGGGUCGGAAGCGCAAGAAGCGCACCAGCAUCGAGGUCGGCGUGAAGGGGGUGCUGGAGAUGCACUUUCUCAAACAGCCCAAACCGGCGGCACAAGAGAUCACCCAACUGGCCGAUCUGCUCGGCCUCGAGAAGGAGGUGGUGCGCGUGUGGUUCUGCAACCGGCGCCAAAAGCAGAAGCGUCUCAGUCCGGCCCUUCUCGGCGGCAGCGCGUCGCUGGGCGGCCGGUUCGGCGCCAACGGCGAAUAUCUGCCCGGCUCCGAGAGCAGCCUCAACGAGGACAGUUCCGCGUGCGGUGGCAACGGCGACGGCGACGGCGACAGCGACGGCGAAACCGAUGAGGAGGAAGAUGACGAUGAAGAAGUGGAAGACGAUUGCGACGACGAUGAAGGUGACCAAUUGGAGAAAGGCGAGAGCGAAGUUGACGAAGAAGAGACAAGACGCGAAGAUGGCGAGCGAGACGAGAGGACGGCAACCGAAGUCAGGGCAAAAGAGGAGGAGGAGGAGGAGGAGGAGGAGGAGGAAGAG